AUGGGCAUCUUGACGAACCCGCUGUACCUCCUCGGGCCACCUCUGCUCUUCCUCGUCUCCUUCCCGCUCGCCAUCUUCGCGGCAGUUACGACAGGCAUCGCGAUUUCUCUCCUGGCCGUCCGCGUCUCUAUCGUCUACUUCGAGCUCGGCGUCGCUCUCGUGCACGCCUAUCUCUUCCCGGAGCCUGCAAAGCCUGCACCCAGACGCGUCAUACCGCCUGUAUCCCCAACGCGCUUUCGCCGUACGAGCAGCACACCGCAGGACGGCGCACCUGCCGCGCGACUCUAUACCAAGAGCGGUUCCUCAGCGUCCCUCAUCAAUGUCACUCAGAUGGCCAAUGCUCGAGACUACGAGGGCGUGGGAGGGUGGCGGUACUACGAAGGCGAGGAAGAGGAGGCGAUAUGGAUGGGCAUGAAUAAGAGGCUGGAACUCCCCUUGGCUCUACCUCCCGGACGGCGGCAUCAAAGAAGGCAUACAGGCGAAGAGCAGCGGUGGAGCGGAGGCCCUGAAGCGUUCAGGAUGAGCCCGGUUCAUAGCAGAGUGCGCACGCCCCAGCGUACGCCGCACCGCACUGUAGAUCAGGAUGAAGGGGUCGACUACUUCCCACCGCAGCCCAAUUUGAGACCACUUAGUACGGCAAUGGAACCACUUAGCCUGAACUCACAGCACUCGAGACGGGCUAGUGUUGUGAGCUUGAGCGGGAGCAGCACCACCACAUCCGGCAAUUCGAGCCCAGAGUCACAUAAGCAGCCAGGAGACUGA